AUGGCAGACCUAUUCAAGUCAUUCUUGGUAACAUUCUCAUCGAUGAGUGUACCAAAUGUUGCACCAAUAACAACAAACAGUACUGCACCCAAUGAUAAAGUGACAAGGAUUGUAAUCGUUGGUGGAGGUACGGGUGGUCUGUCAACUGCAUCAAUGUUGCAGAGGAAGUUUGAGAGUGCAGGUGAUAUCACCAUUGUUGAACCAUCUGAUAAGCAUUACUAUCAACCUUUGUGGACAUUGGUUGGAGGUGGUAUAUUCCCAAAGGAGAAGAGUGUAAGGAAUGAAGCUGACUUUAUACCAAAGGGUGCAAAGUGGGAGAAGGAUGCUGUGGCAACAUUCAACCCAGACAACAAUAAUGUUGUCACCAAGACUGGCAAGAAGCUAGAGUACGACUACUUGGUGGUGGCCACUGGUAUCACACUUUAUCUGGACCGUAUCCGUGGACUGAAAGAGACGUUGGGCAAGAAUGGUGUCACCACCAACUACUCGUUCGACACUGUCGACAAGACAUUCGAGUUCAUCAAGUCAACCAAGAGUGGCGCCGCCAUCUUCACAUUCCCCAACACGCCAAUCAAGUGUGGAGGCGCGCCCCAGAAGAUCCUGUGGCUGGCCGACGACUACUUCCGCAAGAACCACUGUCGCAAUGAAGUGGACAUUAUGUUCAAUACGGCUGGUGUGUCGAUGUUUGCCGUCAAGAAGUACUCGGACGCACUGGACGUUCUGGCAAAGGAGAGGAACGUGCAACAGAACUUUAAGUACAACCUGAUCGAGGUGGAUGGCCCCAACAAGACUGCCAUCUUUGAGACGCCAGAGGGCAACAAGUCGAUGAAGUUUGAGAUGCUUCACGUCGUCCCACCAAUGGGACCAUUGCCAGAGGUCAAGAACUCCCCACUUGCCGACCCAGCCACAGGUUACGUCACCGUAAACAAGGAGACGCUCCAGCACACCAAGUACGAGAACGUCUUUUCAUUGGGAGACUGCUCCAACCUGCCCACUUCAAAGACGGCGGCGGCCAUCACCAAGCAGGCACCAUGUCUCGUCGCCAACCUGAUCCAUCAUAAGAACGGCCAGCCACUGGCGGCCAAGUACGACGGAUACACUUCAUGUCCAAUCACCACUGGCUACAACUCACUGAUGCUAGCCGAGUUCAAGUAUGACAGCGUCGUCUCUGAAACAUUCCCAUGGGAUCAAUCCAAGCCAGGCUACUAUGGAAUGUUCUUGAAGAAGUACGUCUUCCCCACUGCAUACUGGAAUGGCGUCCUGGCAGGCCGAUGGUUUGGACCCAACACCAUCUUCAACACAUACACCAUCCCAGACGUCAAGAAGAACUAA